GCGUUACAGGAUUUUGUGACGGGAUCUGACCCACGAACGCAAUUGGAUAUGGACCGGCAGCAGCAAGUCCGCAUCCACGUGAAGCGGGUGGUGGACAUCCCGCCAGACAUGGGGAUCCUUGGCUCGUGUUCUUGUGACCCGUACGUUGUCAUGGAGCUGCGUGGCGUCCACAAAACCCCGCGGCCGUACGUGACCAAGGUCGUUCCAUUCACGGUGAACCCAACGUGGACGGGAGAAGUGUAUGUUGUGACGAUGUCCGAGACGGAGCGCGAGCGGUGCAUUCUGCGCGUGUCUGUGUUUGACCACAAUGACGUUAUCCCCGACGAGCUGGUCGGUGAGGCGCACAUCCACUUGGGUGACAUUCCCAUUGGCAUCCACCUUCCCCAGUGCACGACGCACACGUUUCCUGUCAUCACAUCCGCCAGUCGACGCCGUCGCCGACCGUCGCCAGUGCACUCUGCCCACAUUGAACUUGCCUUUGACAUCAUCACACUGUCUUCGAAAGACAAGGAUGCAACGAUCCAGUUGGAGGUUUGGGAGCACCAGCGCUUCUCCAUCGUCCGCCGCGAAUGGUCCAAAGAGUAUUUGGACUUGCCGCCCGCAGACCCAUACCCGUGGACGAAAUGCUCUGAUGACCAUACACAGGACCCUACCACAGCCAUCGGCGGCUUUCACAUGGCCGAUACCACCGCUCCAAUCCCCCCUGGCUUUGUGUCCCACGUCGGGUGGGUGUACGACAUCCGGCUCGGCGAUGAGAAUGGAUGGCAGUACGCUCGAUCGUUCAAGGGACCUUGGCACCGUCGAGACAGCGCGACCAUGCACGUACGCAAACGGCUGUGGAUCAAUUCGUGCACGAAGGCCCCCAAGGUGGACGCCGACAAGGGGCUGCAACAGGCAGACAGUUCGUGAUAGAACCAGCUUUCAACGACGUAGCAGUCUUGAAGAGAGUGUACUAGCCACACAAUAAUCUCCGUCCAUGUGAGAAAUGAACCUUCUUCAGCCAUGCCACCAGGUUCUCUUGACUUAAAUCGUGCAUGC